UUAGUGUUUGAAUAUGAAAACGAAAAACAAAACGUUAGCGAGUUAGGUGUCCGGAAUAUCGUCUACAUGUGUUCAAAUGCAAUGCUGUUUGUUUCAAUAUGCUGAUUGUGUCUGUUUUAAAUGUUGUGGUCACUCUAAUUGCCCUAGUGGGUGGGGAAAGUUUUGAUGGAAAAUUCCAUGAUGACACACGGUCCUUUGUGGCUCCUGAUAUAGACACCAUUGGUGAUUUGGAUAUAGACGGGUUUGGCAUUGGUGAUAUACAGCUGGAAGACACACCGCAAUUGGCUGAGUUUAAUUAUGAUGAUAAUUACGGAGCCCAUAAAUGGCUGCUCUCAUCUCUUCGGGAGGAUAUCAUGAUGUGGAAUUUUCAACAAAACUCGGCGGUUACAAGCGCUAUGCAGGAAGCUUGCCGGAAGUGCCAGGUUUCCGGUAACAUUGAGUGUGUACGCCACAUGUGCCGGAUUGAAGUCGAUAUCACAGUGGCAAACGUGCAAGGCCGGAAACAAGAAGAUAAAACAGCUGCCUUUGCCACCGGGAGAGCACUACACAGCGACAUUCUUUGUUCCUUGUGUAAACACACGAAUGACGUCAUGUGUACAAUGAAGAUGUGCAUUGAUCCGGAACGAGGUCAGAACGCAAUCGACACUGGAGUAGAGUGCAUGUCGGGAUUUUGCCGCUGGGAGAAGGAAACUGUCGCAAACAAGGGAUUUAACAACUAUUACCAUGCUUGGUGGAUGCCACGAAACCUUGUUCCUUUCUUUGGUCAUGUUAGUAAUGAAAUAUAUUCAGCGUAUGGCGAAUUCAUCUCGGGGACAACUAAAGCAAUACACAGUCUUGGAUAAACCGACAAAAUUAAUAACUAUAUGUAUAUGUGAAUGUAUCUUUGUCUUAAAUAAACCGAAAUAGGUGACUCUUUAAAAAGUUAAUUCAAUAUUACAUUACAUCUUGCAAUUAAAAAUACGAAGCACGUCCACGAACUUUACGAUUUUAGCCCCCAAACAUGAGCGAGCAUCGUUUAGACUUAAAUGGCUCACAUAAGCUAACUGUUAAACUCUGUACAUCAGGAUGUGAUGUGUUGAGGAAUAAUUUGUGCACAGUAUACCGAUCAAUUACGGCAAACAUUGAAAACGGUCAUUUCACUUCUGAUUUCAGUUGUAAUCGAUCAAGAUUACAUCGGAUUUUAUAUAUUUGUAAUCAGACAACAAUACCACUUUAAAGUUUUUCAAAAUUACAUUGGGUCACUAGGAAUCCAUAUUUAACAUUAUUGAAAAUGGUUAGUUUAAAUUAUAUUUAUUUUACAACGACUGUAAAUAAAGUUAAUUUAUACUUAGUUGCUCUCCUUGGCGCGAUGUUGCGCGAGAGAGUGGUCUUGUGUUGUGGGGGAAACCCGGAAACACACGGUGAAAACCCGCUUGUGCUGCUUGGUUACUACCAACCAAACUCACACGCGCCCAUGCUAGAAAUCGAACCCAGUUCACCUUGGAGAGAAGCAAGUGUUCUAACAGGACAAUCUGGUUCAAACAAUUGAAAAACAUAUUUUUAUAUUUGAAACAUUUAAACUACUGUCCAUUUCGGUUAAAGCUGUUUUACGCUAUGCUAUUCGACUUUCAAUGAAUGGUCCCGCAAGUUUCAAGCACAAUGAGGGAGGAAGUUUAAAACAAAUAGGAAAUAGCAUAUGUUAACUUCACAUAAACAUAGGUAUUCGAAAGUAUUCAAGGUAUUACAAUGUUUCUUUGAAAUCUCGUAUUAUUGUUAUUCAUUUCCAAUCUUCUACUGUGUUUACACAAUUGAUUCAUACUACAUCAAACCGACGAAAAAUCUAGAUUAUAUAUUGGCUGUGUAUUUUAUUUCAAUUGAAUCAACAAUACAGUUUAUGCAAACAUGUGACAUUACAAAUGUUUAUGAAUUUUAUGUCAAUGUAAUUCCAGGCACAUCUACCAAUAUGCAAAACACGCUUGUACGUACAAAAGCUACCCAAAAAGUAUAAA